UACCAACCUGCUGCAAACUUCACUGAUCGGCAAUACAUGAAAAUCCCUGGAGAAUACGGUGCAUCAUUUUUGCGAUCACAAACUGAUGAGGAGAGGACAUGCAAAAAUCUGCCGAUUCCCAUCUCGUACUGCACAUGUCAAUAUCCUAUGAAACAGCUGGACAGGUCAGUGCCACAGGCUACGGAAGCAGGAAGAUACCUCUUGCAGCAUGUGAACUCAGUUCUCAGGGAACGUAAUGUGACUGAUCUCUGCGAAACUUUGCGAUACCGCUAU